AUCUGUGUGCUUUGUUUUUUGUGUCAAGAUUAACAAAAAACCCAUUAUUUAUUAUGACAUAUUAUUGGGUUUUUUUUGUUGUUGUGAAUAUUUACUUAUCCUUGAGGUUGGUUGAAGUUAAGAUCAUAGAUGGAAAACCAAGAGGGAGGUCAGGGAGCAGGGCAAAAGACAUGCAUCUUCAGCAAGAAGCCCAUUUACCCAGAGGAUAAGAAGGCUGUCGAGUUCGAACUUGCUCUAUUGGAUAGUGAUGGCCAUUGCACUGGGGAAAGCAUCCCGGUUCGCAUUUGUGCAUCCAUCCGAAAUAAGGGUAAAGCCGACUCCAGGUUUGAUGUUUUUAUGAUUGUGAAGCAAGUGAGUGAUGGUCUUUGCAUUGGAAGACACUUUGACAAAUACUAUGAUCAGAUGAAACUUGAGAUGCAAGAGCCGAGGAAGGAAUACAAGGCAAGUGAAAUGAGCGGAGGGAAAAAAUGCAGCAACAACAACAGAGUAGAAUCCCACAUAAGUAGGGUCGAGGGAGGAGCGAAAAAAAGCAACGCGAAGAAGAAGAAAAAUGGGAAGAAGACGUAAUUUCUCCCAACUACUCGUCAAGAGGAUCAUUUGAAUGUCAUGUCCAUUCUGCUUAUGGGCCUAUUUGGGAAUAACGUUAGCGAUUACAUUAGCCUUUUGAAAAGCUCACAAAAAUCAAAUUGGACAAAUACACCGUGAGACGGAGAGAGCAGUCGUUAUAUACAUUUCCUUGGGUCAUGUUUCCACGUCCCCCAAACCCUUUGUCUCACUAUUACAUUAUAUACAUUCAUUGGGCAUCUCCCCAAAUGGGCUGAUUUAAUUCGUCACGGGUCAACUGACGAAAAUGAGGCACGCGGCCCAAAUCCCUAGUAAGCAUAUCAUCUGCAACCGCAUGAAUAAAUUCCAAAAUUAUUG